UCAGGGUUUUGUUGUAUACGCGACGCGUUUUCAUUUUCUACACCUUCACUGCAGCUCAUGAUGGUUUAAAAGGACAGUACCGUGUGCUGUUUGAUCAGCAUUCGUUUGCUGGUCAAUGAGGAAAGAGUAACAAUAAAAAAAGUUCCUCGCUUUGCCACUCAUCGAUUUUGGGAAUUGAAAAGUCUCACCUUUGUGUGCUCAUCACGAGACAUCCCCCCCACAUCAUUUCUCAAUUGUUGUCAGCAAUUUCUGUGCCGUUUAAUUCACGCAAAAGAAACUAUAGAGAAAAAAAACCCAACACUCAAGUCAACACCGCAAAUUCCAGUCAUGAACGUUGUGGCUAUUUUAGCUUUCGUUGUCGCAGUAGCCUGGGCUGCUCCUCCUGUUAAUCGCGGAUCAGAUUAUGCUCCAGCAGCGGUUGAUCCAUAUGCGGCGGCUCAAAUGCGUUACUUAAACUAUCCAUUUAGUAGUUCCGAUGGAUCUGAUGAAGAUGAAGACAUUCACCGACAAUGGAACGAUUUCCUUAUUAAUUACCUUCCAAUGCUGACGAAAACGGCUGUUGCACCUGGAACGUACGCUGGUUCGUAUCACGGCACGCCGACAUACAUCGCUGGACCACCAGGUCCGGCCGGACCGAAAGGAGACACUGGAGACAGAGGAGAACCCGGUGCACCCGGUGCAUUUGGUCCCCAGGGACUGCCUGGUUUGGAUGGAGCUCCUGGACCUCAAGGAGAAAAGGGUAGCGAUGGAGCACCUGGACAGGACGGUGCACGUGGUGAAAAGGGAGAAAAGGGAGAAUCAGGAUAUAAUGGCGCACCUGGAUCAGAUGGUUCACCUGGAGCUCCAGGAAAAGACGGUCAAACUGGGCCAGCUGGACCUCAAGGACCCAAAGGUGAAACCGGUGCUCCUGGUCAAUCGUACGCGACUGCUGGACCACCAGGAACCCCUGGACUUCCUGGCAAAGACGGAGCCCCAGGUGCUCCAGGGUAUACGGGACCACAAGGACCGCAAGGGCCAUCUGGAAAAGACGGAGCUCCUGGUCCAAAAGGCGACACUGGCUCUAAAGGAGAAAAAGGAGACUCUGGAUCACCUGGAACUCCAGGUAAAGAUGGACUCCCUGGUGCACCCAGUUACGUAGCCGGACCUACAGGACCUCAGGGACCAGCUGGUGCUCCAGGUGCCCCUGGUAAAGAUGGCCUUGAUGGAUAUGCAGGCACCCCGGGUAAAGACGGAAAAGAUGGCGCUCCAGGCUUCCCAGGUCCUCAGGGCGAAAAAGGGGAUAGCGGAAAAGACGGCAUGCCUGGUCCUCAAGGUCCUCAAGGACCAGCUGGUUAUCCUGGACCCUCUGGCUCCGAAGGUCCUACUGGUCCCGUUGGACCUGCUGGACCUGAAGGAAAACCCGGUUUCGAUGGAAGCAAUGGUGAACCAGGCUAUCCUGGACCUGUUGGACCUGAAGGACCACAUGGACCGCAGGGAUUACCGGGGGUACCAGGACCCCAAGGACCUAAGGGUAACACGGAACCAAUCGGUUACACCGCUCAUUCUGGAACCGAAUCGCACGGCCAAAAGGGUGGCUCUGGUGUUUCGGGAGUGUACCUACCUGUGGUCGCCAUUCAAACAGCUGGAUUCAACGGAUAUCAAAAUUCCGGAUACGGUCUACCUGAGAACUGGUAUCAAUCCUCAUCCUAUAAGAGCGAUGGUCAGUCCUCCACCUAUAAGAGCGAUGGUCAGUCCUCCACCUAUAAGAGCGAUGACCAUUCCUCAAGCUAUCAGAGCGAUGGUCAGUCCUCCAACAAGUCUGACGAAGACAGGGCUUAAACGUUAAAUAAUAAUCGGAUGAAAAUGUGCAACCGCCGUUCAUCUUUCUCGACUCAAAUCAUAAAAUGGAAUCAGAGAACAUAUUAUAUUAAAGCAAAUUAUUCUGCUAUAUUCAUAUUCAUUCAUUUCAAAAAAUUACGUUUCAGAUAAUAUAACCGUCACGGAAUAAUUGGACAGUGAUUAAUAAACGCUAAAUAAAACAA